CGUUAGUUUGGAAACCGGCGGCGCGGGGCGGGCAGAGGGGUUCUGGCGGGGCCGGGCGUAGGGCGCGGCCCCCCCCCCAUGGCGUCUCGCGGCCCCCCCGGUGGCGGUGGGGAGAGCCGGGCCCCGGAGCCCCGCGGGACGCCCCCGUUCCAGGCGGACCCGGCGGCGCUGGCCGCAAUCCUCGGCGGAGCGGGAGCGCGGCCCGAGGCUGGGCCCGGCGGCGCCGUCAGGGCCUCGCUGGCCGGGCGCGUCCCGCUGCGGCUCGGCUCCCUCCGCGCCCAGAUGAGCGCCCCCGGUGCCGCCGCCCGGUGCCGCCGCAGCUCGGCGCUCCGCUCCCCGCGGGCCUCGCGGCCGCUCCAGCGCCACCUCGACCGCGCCUCCGGUUUCUCCCUGCGGUCUCCCGGGGGCCCCCCGCUCCCCCGUGCCCUCCCUGCCGCCGCCUCGGUUCCCGGGCCCCGCGGUGAAACCCCGAAGGAGGCGGCCGAGACCCGGUCCCGCAGCCUCAAAAAACGCACGGACCAGGAGCCCCCUGCAGCGGUGAAGGCAGAGACAGUCCCAGCCGCUCUGGCUCCUGCCCUGCCCAGUGAGCAGCUGAGCGGGGCAGGGGGAGCCACGGGGGGCAGACCCUGCCUGGCCCGCCGGGUGCGCGCCCGCGUCCCCUCCUCGGCCAGGGGCACUGCAGGAGCUGCCCAAGGGGUGCAGGGGCCCCCACAAACCGCGGGGGGGGGGGGAAGCUGCACCCCAGGAGAGUGCGUCUGUGCUCCCAGACCUCCCCUCGAAUGAAAGCAGCACCCCAGGCACUGAUGCCCCCAGAGCAUCUGGACCCUCCAAUGUCGGCUUGGCUCGCCGUGUGCCCGUCACCAAGGCCAUGGUUUGUAUGGGGGGGGGGGGGG